ACUGAGUGGCACCCCUGAUGUGAGGGGCAGCGAGAGCAGGGUCUGUGCCCAUGGGGUGUCGCUGAGGAUGGAUUUUUUCUCCAGGCUUGGCUUGUGCACACCAGGCAGAAGUGCUGUGCCGUGGGACGGGGCACCCAGGAUGAGAUGUUCCCUGCCGUGAAGAGAGAGCCCAGGCAGGAGGAUGAAGCACAGGGGCACGCUGGGCUGCUCGCUUCCUAGGUGCUGGAGAGAGGCCACCCCUCCGUGCAGGGCUGCAAAGCAUGUUCCACCUCUUCUCCCACUGCUGGUCGUGGCUGCAGGCCAUACAGGAGCCCGUCAGGAAGGUGACCCUCCUUGUCAUGGGGCUGGACAAUGCCGGGAAAACCUCCGUCAUCGCGGACAUCGAGCGGGCGCUGGCCGGGGAGGUGCUGCCCGCCGCGCAGCCCGGCCAGAGCCGCCUGCGGCUGGAUCGCUUCGAGGUGACCCUGCUGGACCUGCCCGGGGCACAGCGCUGCCGCAGCGCCUGGCGCAGCCACUACAGCCAGGCACACGGGCUGCUCUUCGUCCUGGACUCCGGUGACCCGGCACGCGUGGAGGAGGCCCGCAGGGUCCUGAGCCGCGUCCUGAGCCACCCCGAUGUCUCCGGGAAGCCGCUCUUGCUGCUGGCCAACAAGCAGGACGCGGCGGCCGCGCUGCUGCCCUGCGAGCUGAUCGAGCGGCUGUGCCUGGAGCGCCUGGUCAACGAGAACCGCUCUCCGUGCCGCAUCGAGCCCUGUGUCGCCAAGCGUGUCCCCCCGGCCGGCCCGGCCCGCACCACCGUGCAGGGGCUGCGCUGGCUGCUCCGCGCCGCCGCCGCCGCCCCGGCCCCGCCGGCCCCGGUGCCGCCCGCCCCGCGGGCCGCCCGCCCCCGCCCGCCCGGCCGCCGGGACCGGCCGGCCCCCGGCGAGGAGGCUCGGGAGGGCGCGGGGAAGAACGGGGAGCCCCGGGCGGUGCGCCCCGUCUGCCGCCUGCUGCCCCUGGAGGAGAGCGCCAAGGGCCCCCGGAGGAGGAAGAGGAAGGUGAAGGUGAAGAAGAAGGGCUUGGGGCAGCCGAGCGCAACCGAAGAGCCAGAGGGACCAGGAGCGGGGGCUGCGGUGGGGCUGCUGCUCCCCAACCGGGUGGGGCAGGAGGAGCCCACAGCCGUGGGGAUGGGCACCCCCCAGCCAGCACAGGGUAUGAGGAAGAAAAAAAAGAAGAAAAUUAAGAAUAAGAUCAAGUCACGGGAACCUUCUCUGGAGCAGCAGCGAGAGGAGGUCUCAAGCACCUUUGAUUUGUACCGCCGGGCCAUGCUGGCUCUGAAGAUGAGGCAGGAGCAGAGGAAGCAGCCAUCGGCCAUCGCCCCCUGAGCAGGGGGCACGGAGCACGGGGCUGUGGUCCCGGAGGAGCCAGGCUGCAGUGGCAGCGAGCCCCACGCCCUGCAGAGCUGCCGGGUGCUUGGCCAGGGUGGCAGAGCUGGGAAAUGGGGCCCGGGCCACAAACAGCAUCUUUGUCCCCUGCGUGGCUUGAAAAGCAGGGAUCCACAGGGGCGAGCCGAAGGUUCCUUUGUGGGAUGCCUCUGUGGCAGCCGGGCUGCAAAGCCGUGUGAAGAGGGAACAGCGGCCGCUUGCCGCCCCCUGUUAGCACUCCGUGGAAAACUCCAUCUAAACCCGGGUUAGUCUGGAGGAAAGGAAGAUCCGAGCAAACGCCAGGGGGAAAGCUCGUCUCUUGAACUGAGCUGUGCCCGGGGAAAGCUGUCUUAGCAGGUCAGGGCUGAGCUGGCCCGGCAGUCACUCCCUGCCUGCUGCCUGGAGCUCGUUCUGGCACUGCCUGGCACUGCCUACUCCUUCUCGGACUGCCUGGUCUCGUUCCCUGCUGGUGGAGGAGGGAGGGCAGCCCCAGGUGCUCUGCGGAGGAGCUCCACAUCUGGCAGGGCUGUCAGGACCCACUUCACCCACUGCAGGAAGGCGAUGCCCGUGUGUGUGCACCCUGCAGCCCGUCAGCGAACAUUUCAGUUCAAAGGCAGCUGGUGGCGGAGGCUCCAUCCCCAGGAGCGUUCCUCCUGAUCCUGCCACCCCUCCCGGAGGGACAGCCUGGCCCCUGCUGCCCCAGGUGGUCCCUGCCGUGAGACAGGGUGGGCAGCAGCACACCCGUGCCAGGGCAGCAGCACACCCGUGCCAGGGCAGCCCGUGACACACCGUGUCUGCCGUGUCUGCUGGCUGGCAGAGCUGCCCCCAGCCCUGGAGACACUUCACCUGAAGUCAGGGGUUGGGUGUUUUCUGGGACACCUGCAGCAAGCAGCAGAAGCUGAGGCGAGCGUUAGUCACCUCUGCUUCCUGUUACUCAUUAACAGCGCUGCCUCUGCGGGCCAGGGCAAGGCAAAUCACCCUUCCCUUGGCAGGGCUGGAAGGGGAAAAGAAGAGAAACUGGCCACUCUGCCUUGCCAGCCUGCCAUAAAGCUCUGUCUGACUCUGCCGUGUUCAGCUGUUGGUGACUGAAGGGAUUAUUUGUAAAUCAACCGUAAAUAACAGCAGCAGAAGUGAAUGCUGCCCUGCAAAUACAGCACUUUGUGUAUCAGC